UAAUAAUUUUUGAAUUUCUGAAUUAAAUUAAAAUAUUGAUGAUUGGGUAGAGGCGUUUGUUUAGCGCGGCUGUUUAUCAGAAACGGCUGUUUUCGAGCUCGAAAAUGGAGCUCCAAAAUUCAGGAAUGUUAUCUCGAGAUCAACUGCUUCAUCUCUUUGAUCGAUUCGCCUCUCUCACCUCGCAUCCUGAGGUGAAGAAACGGAUUGCUGAUGCCGUCAAUGACAAGCAGGAGCCUGUAGCUGUAACUACAACAAUUCAAGAGGAGAUUUUUACGGAGAUGGGAGUUGACCCACAGUUUGGCUUAUCUUGCUUGGGAAGAGUGAGCUUGGCUUAUGAGGAUGAUCAAGAUUUGAUGAUUCAAUUCUAUGGUUUUGUAGCAAAGGAAGAGAUAGCUUGUGAGGAAGCAGAACUUGGGCCAGAAAGAUUUGCAGAAAGAACUGAAAUGCUGCAGCAUUUAGAAGCAGAGCAACUGGAGAUGUUGAAGCACAUGCGCAACUUCCAGCUUGAUGAUCAGUCUGCAAUCCUUGAAAAGAUUCAUCAACAAAUGGAGAAUGCCGGCUUUCAACCGGAGGCAUCGCUCUUAUCAGUGGAGCAGAUCCAGGAUAUCGUUAGAAGAAGAGUGACCCCAGUUUUUCAGCCAAUAUAGUGGUCUCAGUUAUACUUGGGGUCUACUUUAGUAAUUGCUUCUAGCAAGGCAGUCUUGAGUUGUACCCUUUGCUUGGAAUAUGUAAAUCUCCAGUUCUGCCUACUACCUUCCAUGUUCUACUAGUCUUGCCCCUGUGCUUUGCCCAGCCAACUCUUUUUUUAUUAAUAUACAAUUUCGCCAUUUCUCCAUUAUUUAUAUAAUAAAAUAGUUGUCAA